AUGAUUACUGCUCUCUUCAUCUACGACUCCAAGGGCGAUGUGCUCAUGUCGAAGUUGUACAAGGACGGAAUUAAGCGGAAUAUAUCGGAUGUGUUUCGGAUCCAGAUCAUAAGCACUACCAACAAAGGUGCUUCCAGCAGCAGCCGAGAUGUCAGAUCACCUGUUUUGACCCUUGGAUCGACGUCGUUUGUGUAUAUCAAGUCGUCGCUGAUAUGGUUCUGUGCUGUUACUCGUUCAAACCAGGACUGUUCAGCGAUCUUGGAAUUUCUCUACAACUUGGAAUCACUUCUUAAGGUAGUACAGCUUACAAGUGAACUGAUAACCAAUAACUUUUCAUUAGUUUACGAAUUGCUAGAGGAGAUUGUCGAAUUUGGCUACCCCACGAAUUUGGAGCUUAGCUAUUUGAAGAACUACUUGACAACAGUUCCUACCAAUGACAAUAUCUUCAAGAUGUCGUCAUCAGCGUGGAAAUCAUCUAAAAACGCAGGUGCCAGUAAUACAGUCAACGCAUCUAGUAGUAGCCGUGCACAUCCUGACCGUAACAUCACCUGGCGGAGUCCCGGAAUCAAGUAUCGUCGAAAUGAGAUUUUUCUCAACGUGGAAGAAAAGAUCACAGUAGUCAUGAAUGACGACGCGGACGUUCUCCGUUCGCAUGUUGACGGGUGUAUUCGGAUGAAGACGCACUUGUCAGGAAUGCCUGAAUGCCGUUUUGGCCUCGGCGACAAUAGCAUCUUGUUGAAUUCGUUCAAUAAAAACGUAGACACCAGUGGUGGAAACGUAAUUCUAGAAGACAGCAAGUUCCACCAAUGCGUAGAAUUGAACAAGUUUGAUUCCGAUCGACUUAUCCAAUUUGUUCCACCAGAUGGAGAGUUCCAGUUGAUGGCGUACCACUGUCGGCUGAACAUUAACUUGCCGUUUAAGGUAUAUGCCGAUGUGUAUGAAAUAGGCAGACUGAAGUUACUGUACAAAAUUAGAGUCAAGUCGUGUUUUCCAGCAAAAAUUCCAGCAACCAAUGUCCAGAUAAAGGUGCCUACACCAAAGGGCGUUUUGGACUCGUACUCAUCUAACUCGGCUGGUAAGUCCAAGUUUCAUCCCGAGGAUAAUGUGAUUCUCUGGAAAUUCAACAAAUUCUUCGGGGAACAGGAACAUGUCCUAACAGCUGAAGUGGAGCUAGCCGACAAUAGCCACGAUACCAGUCAGCAAAUGGCUCAGACUAACACAACUAACUCCAUACUCAACUGGUCCAGACCCCCUAUAAAGUUGGACUUUGUCAUCGAAAUGUUUUCCAGUUCUGGCUUGGCCGUGAAGUUCUUGAAAGUCCAGGAAAAGUCGAACUACAAGACGGUAAAAUGGGUCAAGUACUCGACACAGUCGGGCUCAUACGAGAUACGGUACUAG